UUUUUUUUUAGUCCGUUCUUAUUUAAAGAAUGUCUUUUUGUCCCAAAGGACGUUCAUAUCGUUGAUGUGGUAUUGUACGAUCGGGGUAAUGGGUUCCGUACGUUGAUGCCAACUUGUUGAUAUUUUUUUUUGGUGUGUGGUAGACUAGAUUGAAAGAAUAAUGAUUAAGCGACAUUCAGUAAAAGACGAUGUUUUGUUCUCUUUCAACAACAAAAUUUUGUUGAGGUGUGUAUAUGGACAAUAUAAUAAGGGAUGAUCCAAUCCAAGUUUUAUUACUUAAUCAGUAAAUGCUAAUUUAGGGACAUUAUCAGAUCUGAUUGCUUUGAUAUUACAGCUAGAAUGGGAACAAGUGGAUGGCACAGAACAGAUCUUGUCAAAUUACAGAAACGGAAUGAUUUGGAGUAGCUGAAAGGAAAAGUUGAAUUAAACCUUUUUCAUUCGUUAAAUCAAAUGUAUCAUACACUGUACUAUAUACAAUUCACUAAAGUAUGAUAUAACUAAUAUCAUCAUCAAUUCCUACCGGUUCAUCUAACUAAUCCAGCUCAGCAUAAAAAACCUCACGCGUCGCUCCAAUAGAGGGGAGGGCUUAACUAGUACCCAACUUACUGGGCUAGGUUCGACUCUGUUAAUUAAUUACAUUUUCAUUUUCCAUUUAAAGAGACUUUAACCUUCAACGCUCGAAGUGCAACGCACCACUUAUUUUCAAUAAAAAUAAUAAAAUAACAUUUCAUGAGUCCUAAACAAGAGUCUCUCUUGGUCUUUAUAAAUAACAUCGAUCCAUGUACACAAAAACAACCAAGUCAUCUUUCUAUGUUUUCUUCUCUUUUUUGAAAAGUAAUCAGAGAAACAAAAAAACACUUGAGAGCUGAGUGAUCAUCAGGAGGUGUUAUGGAGAAAGUGAGAGAGAUAGUGAGAGAAGGGAUAAGAGUAGGGAAUGAAGACCCGAGAAGAAUAAUUCAUGCUUUCAAAGUGGGACUUGCUCUUGUUUUGGUCUCUUCCUUCUAUUAUUACCAACCUUUCGGUCCUUUCACCGAUUACUUCGGUAUCAAUGCAAUGUGGGCUAUCAUGACCGUCGUUGUUGUCUUUGAAUUCUCCGUAGGGGCUACACUUGGGAAAGGACUAAAUAGAGGAGUGGCAACAUUAGUAGCAGGGGGACUAGGAAUUGGAGCUCAUCGACUAGCAAGAUUGUCGGGUGCAACAGUGGAACCUAUUCUUUUGGUCAUGUUGGUCUUUGUGCAAGCUGCCUUGUCGACGUUUGUGAGGUUCUUCCCAUGGGUGAAGACAAAAUUCGAUUAUGGGAUAUUGAUAUUCAUAUUGACGUUCGCGUUGAUAUCGUUGUCGGGGUUUAGAGACGAAGAGAUAAUGGAUUUGGCAGAAAGCAGACUUUCAACAGUGGUGAUUGGAGGAGUCAGUUGCGUCCUUAUCUCUAUCUUUGUCUGUCCUGUUUGGGCUGGACAAGAUCUUCAUUCUCUCCUUGCCUCUAACUUUGACACACUCUCCCACUUCCUUCAAGAUUUUGGGGACGAAUAUUUUGAAGCGAGUGAAGAUGGGGACUACAAAGUGGUGGAGAAGAGGAAAAAGAAUCUUGGGAGAUAUAAAAGGGUUCUUGACUCCAAAAGCGAUGAAGAAGCUUUGGCUAAUUUCGCAGAAUGGGAACCGCCGCAUGGACAAUUUAGGUUUAGGCAUCCAUGGAAACAAUAUGUUGCCGUUGGCGCAUUACUCCGGCAGUGUGCCUACAGGAUUGAUGCCUUGAAUUCAUACAUCAACUCAGAUUUUCAGAUCCCAAUGGACAUAAAAAAGAAAUUAGAAACACCAUUAAGAAGAAUGAGCUCGGAGUCGGGAAAAUCAAUGAAAGAAAUGUCGAUUUCAUUAAAGAAAAUGAUAAAAUCAUCUUCUUCUGAUAUCCAUGUCUCAAACUCACAAUCUGCAUGCAAAGCUCUUUCUACUUUACUUAAAUCAGGCAUCUUGAACGAUGUUGAGCCUCUUCAAAUGAUUUCAUUGCUCACGACUGUCUCCCUACUCAUAGAUAUUGUUAAUUUAACCGAAAAAAUCUCAGAAUCCGUACACGAGCUUGCAUCCGCUGCAAGAUUUAAGAACAAGAUGAGGCCGACGGUGCUAUUUGAGAAGUCGGAUUCUGGAAGAAUUGGUCGUGCCAUGCCAGUAGAAUCUCAUGAAGAUGAUCAUGUUGUCACAGUUUUACAUGACGUUGAUAAAUCAAACAAUUCGCGUGGAGAGAGUUCACAGGACUCAUGUCAUCAUCAUGUUGCCAUAAAGAUUGUUGAUGAAAAACAUGAAGAUGGUGAAAUACAUGUACAUACGAGCUUGUUAGAAGAUGUGACCAGAAAUGGCCGUCUUCACUGAGUAAUUCGUUCCUCAAACCUCGUAUUGUGAUGCAUAUGAGGAGCAGUGUUUUGUACCCUCAAGAUUAUAGAGACGAGACCAUCGGUAUAUAACGUUUCGGGUAUUUCAGAUUUGAAGUUUGUUACAAAUACUAUUAUUGUAGCCUUUGAGCAUUUCUGAACUAUUGGUCACACAUUUAAUAAAGUCUUGGUUUUCGUUUUCCGAU